AUGAGUCUUUUUUGCUAAUAAAUGGCGGACCACAAAAUUUUGUAACAAAAGCGAGCCGAUAUUUCUGUGAAUAAAUCGUUACGAAAUAAAAUAUUACAAUGGAGUUGACUCGCACUACACUUGGAAUUGCAGUGGGCAUUGCCGGGACUCUGUUCCUAGGGUAUUGUGUGUAUUUCGACCAACAACGUCGCAAGGACCCUCUUUUCAAAAAAAAGCUUAGAGAACGCAGACAGAAUGCCCGCAAGAAUGCAUCACACUCACAUGCCAUGGGCGGACCGCUGCCAGACAUGAGCGACCAUGAGGCUAUGCAGCGAUUCUUCUUGCAACAGAUCCAGUUGGGAGAGGAGCUGCUAGCGGCCGGAGACCUCGAGGCGGGAGUUGAGCACCUCGGCCAGGCUGUGGCGGUGUGCGGGCAGACACAGCAGCUGCUCAGUGUACUCCAACAAACCAUGCCAGCCCCGAUCUUCCACCUGCUCCUGAAGAAGCUGCCCGAGGUGUCCGAGCGACUCCGGGCCUCCAUGAAGGCGAGCGGAGGCAACGUACUGCAGGAGGAGGACGUCGAAUAAGGCCUAGACUUUCAUUUGUACUUGCGGACGUUUCAAACAGUUUUAACCCUUUAAACGCCACUGUCUGCUAUAGCAGACAACGGUGGUAUCAAAUUAACCUUGAAUUGUGGCAGUUAAAUGGUUAAAUUAAUCUUGUAACUUUUUUUCUUGCCGCUGGUCGGACAGAAGUGUGUGCAUGUCAAAAUAAAAUAUACAAGUUGAUAUGACACACAUGACACAAAUAAAAGUUUUUGAUCAUUUAAUUCAUAGGUUGAUGAAAUUAAUAUCUGAAAGUUAUAUUCUAUUGUCAUUGACUAAAAGUAGAAAAAAGAAGAAUCAAGUGACAGCUGAUUAUGACUUUGAUGAUGAUGAUGAUGAUGAUGAUGAUGGUGAUGAUGAUGAUGAAUGAUGAUGAUAAAAUAAUACAAGAAUUGCAUUGUAAAUUAAUGAACGCUUGCUCGAAAUAACGAUCUUUUUCAGUUUAAAAUUAAAAUGUCUUCUAUAUGUGACAGUGUCGCCUACACACGACAUAUUAUUUCUUCCGCAAGUGCAAAUAAAGACUCGAAAACAUCAAAUGACUGAACUUUCUCAAUCCCCUUCCCUUUUAAAUCGAACGAACAGAGUUCUAUGCAUAUUGAACCCCAUACAACAUAGAGCCUUGUCUUCGAGACGCGACCGCCCAGUUGUAUUAUUUGUUCCAUUACAUACUGGGCUGUCCAUUUUAAUGUACAAUUGGAACUAUCAAAGAAGGUAGAGUAUUUUCAAAUACAUUUACUUUAUGUAACAUUUCUUUUAUAGUGAAUGUUAAAAGAAUAAGUUGAACAAUAGAAUGUAGUCUUAAUUUUAGUGAUUAUUGAUACAAUACUUGUCUUUUGUUUUCUUUAUAAUUUAUAGGAAUCAUGCUUUAUUUUCUAAUAUCAUGUCACUAACAGUUGGAAUUAAAAAUUAUUCAGUACUUACUGCUACAUUACCCACAUAAUACAUAUAUGGUGCAUGCAUUUAACAUCGUAUUUUCACGAAAACGCUUUUGAUUUUAAUUCAAUUAUCCUACCACUAAAGGGUUCUUAGUCAGUCUCAGUACAAAACGUACUGAAGUAGCAUAACAAACACGAACGUUACCGAGAAAAUACGAAGGCAAACGCACUACAUCUGUAGUCGCGGUCGACAUGGACUAAGAACACUUAACCUCAGCGUUGCAUUGUAUUACAGAUGUAGUGCCAAAAGCUUUUCUUUCGUAUUUUUUACGGACACAUCAGUAUUUGUCAUGCUAGUUCAUACAGUGUUGCUAUGCUACAUACUGAGACUGAAAUGACACGUUCGUACAUUUCCGUAAAAAUACGAAAGAAAAGCUUUUCGCACUACAUCUAUACUGUGUUAUAUUUCCCAUUGUUUUUCACCUGCUCAAAAGUUUUUAGUGGCAUGUUUGUUUAAAAUCUGUACGGUAUUGGCUGUGAGUCGACAGUAUCCGCCAUUGUCGUCGUGACAAGACAAGUUGUUAUUGUUUAGGUUUUGUUCGCAGCGGGUAAGGAUGCUUGUGAGUUUUGAUUGAGAUUUUAUUGUGAAAUAAAAGUAUUGUAAAAA